CAGAUUGAAGGCAAAGUGAGUUCCACAGACCGUCAGGAUGCAAUGCUGCAAGCAAUGAAGUAUGAAAAGAAUCUAUCACCAGGACAGUGUGUAAAAGGACGAAGAAUUUACUCGAGCAAAAAAAGCAGCUUUUCAGCACCAGAGAAUAACUGUGACCAACAGGAAUACAGCACCGAACCAUCUGGAUUUCCUGAGUUGUACAGAGCAGAAGAAAAGAAGAAUUACCUUAACCUGGGAAAGAAGACCUAUUUCCCUGAAGAUAUGAAUGAAAUAUUCACAGGAAAAGCAAGCCACAUCUGUACCUAUAUAUUAGAUUCAUCCAUGAGCACAAGUAUUAAAGAGCACAGCUUAUCACGAAGUCCUUUAACAAACGUUUCCCCUUCAGCAUUGAACACUGACAACGUUUUGUAUGAGACGAAAAAGAAUAGUCCAAAUUUCAUCAGACAAUAUGCUGUGGACUGGGAAUUACCUGAAUAUCAUGAAUUUAUUUCUAGAAGUUGCAUAAGUGAAAAUGACCAUGACAAUAUCAAUAAAGAAUUAAGUUUUAAUUCACCAGAGGAUUCUUUCUACCCCUCACCUGUGUUUGAUAGAGGAAGAUCCUGUGCUAAACGAAUGCAAAUUUUACGAAAACAUUCUCCUUGUCAUAAACUAGAAAAACUGAAAGCAAAAAUCAGAAAACAGAGACAACAAAAAAGUUUUGUAGAAGAACUAAAUAAAUCAAAUCCAGUUCCAGAGAAAGAAAUAGUAAAUCGGGAUUCCAUAAAACAAACCGUUCGGAAAGUUACAGCUGCUCCACCACCACCGGUUUAUAAAGGAUUCAGUUCUGUUAGAGUGGAUUCUGGGAAGCUGCAACGUAAAGAUGAAAUAAAUUCAAAUGCAAAUGAUGAAAGAAAUGAUGUGCAGGAUGAUUCACAGUGCAACAGUAUGGAAAGCCCAAAGCAAGAGCAAAACAUCAGUUCUAAAAAAUCUUCAAAGGAAAAGAGGAGGCAAGACAGAUUUUCAAGAUCACGCAGUCCCAAGAGAACAACAAAUUCUUCUAAUUCCUCCACCAUUGAUGCAUUUUCUUGGAGAAAGGGUCAAAAAUUAGUAAGACUAUUACUUGGUCCACCUCCAAAAUCUCCAUGGAUGAAUGAUCCAGCAUGUCGUCAACAAUUUCAUAUCUGCAGUAAUAAAGCAGAAAAGAAUGAGAAGACUGGAGCAACAUGUGACUCAACGAUGAAGGAAAAAAGAAUGUGUGAUGAUAAUAAUAUGUUAACAAGAAAUCAAUAUCCUGCUAAGAAUGGAACGCAGGCAAUAUGCAGCACAGCUCGUGUUCAUUUUAUGGAAAGAAGUCAUAGUUCUGAAGAAAUACAUAAACAAGAUCUGGCAGGGGCAAAAAAUAUGAGUCCACCUUCUAACACCAAGAUGUAUUGUGAAACACAAAGGGGUCAAGAAAUAAGAAACGAGGAAAGAACUAUAUCCUGGGAAAGAAAGAAAGCCUCUUUGAGUCCAGCUAGAAAACAUAUUAAAGUAACUAAGCAAAGACCAAACAGUGCAUCACCUUCAAGAUGCUGGAAAGGUCUAUGCAUUCCUGACAACAAUGCCGCAGAAAAGGAGAAACUUAAUGACAUCAGUGAAAAUAAAGUUGCACUAAGAGUUUCUAAGUAUAAUAUCAGUGAAGUUCGUGAGUUCAUGAACAAAAAACAGAAUGAAAGAAGAAGAAAGGAACUUGAAAAGAAGAGAUCAUUGAAAGAAGCUGAAGAAAAAAAGAGGAAGAGUUUGCAAGAGCUACAUAGCAAGCAAAAAGAAGCACUUAAGAGGAAGCAGAAAGCACUCAUACAGCUAAACCAGGACUACAAUGCGGCUCUUGCAAGUACAGACAAAAUAACUCCAACCUGGACUCAGACAACAUUUACUUUACAAGAAAAUUCCCAAGAGGAUAAAAGGCAUUUUUCACUGAAAUGGUUGUUUGCAGGACUGUAUUCUCAGCAGUCUGGGUUUCUGACCAACACAGCAACUCAUAUUAGGAUCACAAGUCCUGAACUUUUUAUCUACUUUAUGAUUAAUCAGAGCAUGAAGGAAGUUACUCCAAAGUAA